CCUGCCGCCAUCUUUGUUCCUGGCAGGAGUAGAGUGUAUGUCGCCGUCAUCUGUGGGCGAUUCAUGCCAAGUGCACAUGGUUUUGCCCAAUUGCUAUCAAAAAUCCUGCUGCGAUCAACUUGGAAUUACCCCCAAUGUGCGAGAACACACAAGAUACCCUCUGGGACACAAGCUUACCUUCAGUCCAGCAUCAGGCUCAUCGAGAUGACUUGGAACUUCCUGCCAAGGACAUACCAUGAAAUGAUGGCCGUACUCCAGAUGCUAUAAAGCUUCUUUACUGAAUUAUUCAUGAAGCUGAUAUACAAUAUGGAUAUGUGCCGUCUAUUUAAAAUAAACGUAUUCUAAGUUUGGGACAGAAUGGCGAAGCAGGUCCAAGCCCAGCGGCUGGAGGGAGUGGAUAACAAUAUCUGGGUUGAACUGGUCAGUCUUGCUGCUCAGUAUAAAACUGUGAACCUGGGACAGGGUUUUCCUGACUUUUCACCUCCAAGCUUUGUGAGAGAAGCAUUUUCCAAAGCCAUCACUGAGGAGAACACACUGCUGAACCAGUACACAAGAGCCUUCGGACACCCUCCCCUCGUAAAGAUCCUCGCUGAGCUGUUUGGUCAAUUGCUGAAACGAGAGCUGGACCCUCUCUGUAAUGUGCUGGUGUCAGUGGGUGCAUAUGGGGCCCUUUAUAAUGCUUUCCAGGCUCUGGUGGAUGAUGGGGAUGAGGUCAUUCUCAUUGAGCCGUUCUUUGACUGUUACGAGCCAAUGACGAAAAUGGCCGGUGGACGAUGUGUUUAUAUACCGCUAAGACCUAAGCUCACAGACGCAGGAACGCAACUAAGUAGCUGGAACUGGAGGUUAGAUCCUGCUGAACUGGAAGCAAAGAUCACUAAGCGUACAAAAGUUCUUGUGUUGAAUACCCCAAAUAAUCCUCUGGGAAAAGUUUUUAAUAGAGAGGAGCUGGAGGAAAUUGCAAACAUCUGUGUCAAAUAUAAUAUACUAUGCUUCUCUGACGAAGUAUACGAAUGGCUGGUGUACGACGGGUCCCAGCACAUACGGAUUGCUGGUCUCCCGGGAAUGUGGGAACGUACAAUCACAGUCGGAAGCGCGGGAAAGACUUUUAGUGCUACUGGAUGGAAGGUGGGCUGGGCCUUGGGUCCCGAUCAUCUUAUCAAACACCUCAGGACGGUCCAUCAGAAUUCUGUAUAUCACUGUGCUACUGGCGCUCAGGAGGCAGUGGCCCAGGGAUUUCAGAAGGAGCUGGAGAGGCUGGGAAAGCCGGAUUCUUACUUUGUACAGCUGCGGGAUGAGCUGCAGAAGAAGCGAGACCGGCUUCACCGCUGCCUCACAGAGGUGGGGAUGAAACCUGUUAUUUGCCAAGGGUCUUACUUUAUGAUCGCUGACGUCUCUCACUUCAAAUCUGAGGUCCCGCCUCCCGCUGACAACACUGUACCUUACAAUACCUACUUUGUAAAGUGGAUGAUGAAAAAUAAACAAUUAGCGGCUAUACCCGUUUCGGCAUUUUACAGCGUUCCACACCAGAAGAUGUUUGAGAAUUACAUCAGGUUUUGCUUUGUGAAGGAGGAUGCGACGCUGGAUGCCGCCGAGAAGAUUCUACAGAAGUGGAGCAGUGAGUCCACCGGACGGAAGGCGCAGUAGCAACUGCUGUCUGUAGGACGGUUCCCCAUCAGAUGACUAUAGAGAAGCUGCCAAUGAUUGACUACUCACAUUAGAUUGUCUGUUUUUUUUUUGGUUUUUUUACUGUAGCGUUACAUACAGUAUAUUGUGGUUAUAGUUUUGACACCCUCUGUUGACUUUGAUAUAUUAGUCUGUACAUAACCUUUUAGUUUUUAGUUUCAGCUUUCUUUCAUUUUUUGGGAUUACGGAGUCUGUGUACAGUCACUAACUGCUCGUUAUUGUCAGUACUUGUGGCAUUGUAAAUCUAAAUAAAGUUGUAAAAUAAUAAUUAUUAA